GGCGGCGACUGCGCACCAACCGUAUCCCAAAGUGGCGGACAUAAAAUGCACGGUGUGUGUGCGAGUGCGUAAAACAUAAGAAAGUAAAAGAAGACGAAGAGGAAGUGGUGCAGCCGCGGCGAGAAAGAAAACAUAAAACGCAUCUGCCGUGUUGUCAAGGCCGGACGCGGAGGGAUACCGAACGGUCGCGGACGAGGAGAGGAAAAGAGGAUGAACGGCGAGAAGGUGGCGAUGGGCGAGCCGCAGGGGCCGCAGCCUCAGACCACCGUGGCGCCGCACAACGACAUCAAGCUGGCCGGCGAAGAGUCGAAAGAACGGAUGUACGAGAGCAAGCACCACAAAAAAGUGGUGCGGGUGCUGACCGUGUUCGCCUACGUCCUCUCCGUCUCCAUGGCCGCCAUCAUGCUCUCCCUCUACUACGUCUUCCUCUGGGAUCCCAGCUCGACGCGCAAUAUCACCCAGAGGGCGACGGCGCCCCUCUCGAGACCCACCAGGUGCCCCACGAUCGCCGACCUCGGGGCCGCCCUGCCGCCCGGACUCGAGGGUGACCGCCUGGCGCCCACCACCCCUUCAGAACGCAACUAUCUGGACGACGAGGACGAUGAAAAUGGACCUCUGGAGCCACCUCGAGCUCUGCCCCGUGCACCGCCCAAGACCUCAGCUGCCGCUUUGACCCCCGAGCCGCCCGUGCCGUCCGUCGCCCCCGACCUCGAGAGCACCCCCUCUUCCGCGUAGCAAACCUCGCCUGGGCCCGGCAACGAAACAGCCCCCACAUAAUCAGCACCGGUAAACCAGGCAGUAGGAAGAAGAAUUUGUUUGCGGCUGGGCCGACUGGAGGCGAACCGAAAAAGCAGAAGCGUUUUUUGAAACCAAAUUUGGAUAACAUGCCGCGAGCGGUGCGAAUGGAAGAAAAAGUUAAUACAAAAAAAAAUUAUAAUAUAUAUCAACGCAACUCUUAAGAGGACGCUGUAAAAAUUCUCAGUGAGGUGGAGAGGCACCAAAAUAUGCAUGAAAGGAAAUUCUCAUAUGGUGCUAAAUACAACUAUAUUAUUUGAGCUAAAUACCAAACGAAUUUAAACAAUUUAUUCCACUAAUAAUAAUGCAUGGAAAAUAGUUUGCUUUGAAUUUUGUGUAGGAAAUUUUGAGAUUAAUGUUGAAACGUAAUUUAAAAUGCAUGAAAGUGAAUGAGAUUAAUUUUCAUAGCAAAAUACUCAUUGGCUCCUCUCUGCCUCUUGAUGUCAUAACAAGCAAUAGGAUUUUAAUUUUCUUGCAGAUUUUUUUUAGCAACUUACUUGAAAAUUUGUAAUAGGUGCUUGGGCGGGAAGACACAAACUACUCAUUAAAUGUGAUGACGAACGAUACAUGAUUACAUAAUAUAUAUUAAAUACGAUUGAAUUGACAGAAAUUUAUCUUGUUGUGUUUUAAAUUUUAAAAGAGAUAAUUAUUACGGAAAAAUAAUUGGCUGUUGACAGAGUAACUGGUAAGUAAUUUAUAUAUCAUUGUAAAUUAUGAUGAUUAUUAAAUUAAAUUAUAAAAUAUUCAGUCAGAGCAGAGCAUGUUUCUAUAUAUGAUGUGUAAAAAAUUCACUAGAGAAACCUAAACAAGUUGAAAAUAUGUGAAAUGAAUUGCCAAUAAUUAAAAGAUUAAUGAAAAAUAAAAUAUUUAACACACGUAUUAGUUAGAGUCAAUUUUCAUCUAAGCCUCUUCGAUUUUAAGUAAAUUUUGAAAUCAAAUUUAGCAAAUUGUCACGUGAAGAGUUGGUCAAUGAAAUGUUAACAAGUUUUGGGACGCAAAAUUUAGCUUACAUACAUGCUUGUUUGAUGUACUCUGGCUUAGUAAUUAUUGUAUAUCGUGAUGGCUGGAAAAGGAAUUUUUAAUUAAUUUUAAAAACUGAUCUCUUUACACUCCACACUUUUAUCGUUUUUAACUUCUGCUUUUAACCGUGUUGUCUCACUAGUGUUGGUAUAAUUUUUAGAAAUUAUUGUCAAAACGAUUCAAAUAAAACUGGUUUGAGCAGGAUGGAUAAUUUUCAAUAAAAUGCGAAAGUUGUAACAGAUCCAAGUGAUUGUUCUUGUCCAAGCCAUUUUCUUCCAAUGCCAAAUGAAGCUUUUAUAAAUCACAAAAAGUCAUUAAAAAUUAUAAAAAAAUAAAAAUAUUUAAAUGUGUGUCAUUUAAAGAUAUUUAAGAAAUAAGAAAAAUUUCAAUCAGAAAAAUGCGAAUCAAAUUAAUAAAAAUACCAACAAAAAACUCUUGUAUUUUUGGUUUUAAUCAAAUAUUAAUUCCAAAAAGGCAGAAUAACAAAUUGUGUAAGCUGCUGCGUUUUUCAUUUUAACAGAAAAAUGUGUCAAGCUGUGCAAUUUAUGAAAAAAAUUAUAUAUAUAUUUCCAUCUGAUCAGCAGGCGGCGGUGCGAAAUUGCUUUUUUUUUACUGAAAUACAAACGGAUUUUGUUUCAACCAAAUUUCCUGACGUGUGUUGUUGAAAGCUCUGUAAUUAUACGCUGGACCUCGAAUAAAACUGUUUAGAUGGACGAAUUAAUACGUAAAA